AUGUCGCGCAUUCCUAAAGGCAUUCCUAAUGCAUUCCCUCUGAGGUCGCAGUCGGAACUCUUUGCGCUUGGCCGUUCUUUCGAGCUCUUGCUACAAGGCUUGGGUAACGACCGCGACCGUGUUGGCGAUGCGAUCUACGGGGCCAAGACUGCUAAUCUGGUGGUUUUCAAGGACAAAUUCAUCACUCCACGGGCGGUUCUAUCUUUGGCUCUUUUCAAUGGCUUUCGAGUGCUCGGACACAAGAGCGCAGAUCCGGAAGAGUUGAGGCUCUUUGUUGAGACCAUGGCAUUUAAGCAUUUGGGACUGGAUAUCACGCUACAACGUGUGACUGGCGUCACCGAUUCGUUUCUUGAACUUUGUCAACAAAAUAUCAAAGACAUGCCGCCCGGCAGUCUGUUGGCAUGGCGCAAGUUGAUGACCUACACAGGUUCGUGUUUCAGGUAUGUCAACACCACCUGUGGCCAGCGGCUGAAAGUCAUUCAGGCUGAUUGGCACCAGAUUGGGGCUGCGGCGGAACAUGACCCGGAUGAGAACCAUUCUUUCAGUGGAAUGUGCGCCUUCAGCAUGGGAAUCAUGGGCGAAGAAGCAGAAGGUUGGAUGCAAGAGCUUUUGGAAGUGUUUGCAGUCUUGGUCGACAGGAUUUCCAAACCUGCGGCCUUGCUAGAGGAGUGCGACUUGCUUUCCAUCAACAUGAACAAUCGCUACAAGGACAUCAACUUUGACAAGUUCAAACCUGUCAUGCUUGCCGCCCUCCGCUCCCUGCUUCCGAAAACAUGGAGCACAACCCAUGAGACUGCUUGGGAAUGGCUGUGGUUCACCAUCAGUCGCAAUCUCAAUGAGGCUACGAACAAGGUGAAGGCGUUCAAGCUGUACAAUGCUCAUCUUUUUAGCACACUUGGAGAGGAGCAGUUCGAGCACUUCCGAACGACCAUCUACACAGAUUUCUUCUCUAAGUGCGCUACGAGCCAAGAGUGGUUUAAGCAGUCUCAAACAAGGCUUCGCUACAUUGCUGAUCGAGUGCUACGAUCUUCUUACGACAUGUACCAAAGGCCAAAAGAGGAUAUGAUGGAUGAACUCUCCGCACUGGGGCUACGUCACGUAGGCUAUGGUGUCCCGGUUGAACUCUUCGCACCUUUCACAGACUCCUGCGUAAUUGUCAUGAAGCGGUUGAUCGCUGAAAUUGCCAAAGAUGAGAAUGUGAAGCUCAGCCUCAAAACCGACGUUGUUUCAGCCAAAGCGCACGGCUUGCAGGAAACAGAUGCAAGUGACCUGAUGCUGGAGGGUUUCCGUUGGUCCAUUGGCCUGGUGUCACGUGUGUUGAUGCGCACCAUCACCGAAGGCUCCACUUCGGUCAUGCA